AUGCGGCAGUUCACAAGGACCCUCGACAUGAGGUACAACCCUAAGCCGUACGACUUUGAAAUCCAGGAGCCAUCCCAUAAAGUCCCUCUAUGUUGUAUAUUCCUGUGCCAAUUUGAUGUCAAAAAGGGAAAUACACUAAUAUGGUCAAAGAAGUCCACAGAGACAUCUGAUAUUUCUUUGGGCAACAUAGAGUUCAAAUGCAUACCUUCAGGAAUCCAUGAGCUAGAGAAAGACGUAGUGAGUUUUGUCAUACCCAAAGGCGAGAACCUUGUGGAGGUGUAUUACGGCGUAUCAUGUUUUCAGCAGAACGGCCAAUCAUUAUCCCGCAAUGUGAGCCAUGUUGAUCGUGGCAAAGUUCAAAUGUUUUCUUUGGGGGUUAUUGUGGAUGCCAGUUUCAGGUACAAGGGCGUUUCCAAGUCUAAAUUCUACGACUGGAAGCCCAAUCAGUUCAUCAGCGCAACAGAAUACAUAGAUGACUUGCAAGAACUGCUCUCGCAUUGGUUAAAGAGACAAAACCUUGGCCAAGACUUCAGUCUGUUUGAGAACUACUUUGAAGCUAACAGGUUCAAGGCUGAUUCAGCAAUGUUGUCAUCUCCAAUUCUACAACACAGCUGGCAAAAUGCAGGCAAGUUCACUACCAAUUCCCUGCUACAGGAAAAACAUCCCCACAUGCUGGAAUCUCUUUCUCAGUGGCUUGAAUAUCUUGGGCCACUUAUGUUCCCACUUUGGAAAGCCUGCAUCACGAGACAGCGAGUUUUGAUAAUAACGGGCAAUGGAGUCUCGUUCGAGAAAACCAAUUCUUUGGUUUAUUGCCUUUCCAUUCUAUCACUAAUACCUCGAAUCAUAUCAGACAAGCUCAAAGACAGCCCUUUGCAACCUCUUUACUGCAUUGGCAUCAGCGACAUAGAUGACCUAGAGCGACAUGUCGCUGCAUCGAUGAGUACUAACGACGAGACAUACGAAAUAACUGGUUUUAUUGCAUGCACUGGCGACGAGAUUUUAGAAAGCCGGUCAGAACUCUAUGAUGUGUGUUUAAAGAUUCAUGGAAGAGACGCUUUACCAGAGAUUACGACAAGUAACGGGGAUUACCUAAAGGCGACUCCACAUGAACUUGAACUGUAUGAAAAACUUGUGAGCAAUAGCUUGGGUUACCAGCUGUCACAAAAUGAAAAAGAGAAGGUUUUUAGACUUGUGGAGCCAACAACAUGGUCGCAGUACCUCAUAGACGGUUUUUAUUGGUGGGCUACAGCUGGAUAUAUGAGACCGUCUUUCCAUGAACCAGAAGACAAAGUAAUUGCCGAUUUAGACCGCGACAACCUGGAAAUUGUUAUUUCUCUAGUGGGCUACUUUCAUGAAAAGACUCUGCUCCUUUAUAACUCUUUGAAACAAGUGGUGGAAGCGAGCACUGAAGACACUGUUGUAGUCUCCCCAAUCUUUCUCGCAACUGUAGGCCUUGACUGUUUUAGCAGCGGCGACUACGCUUUUUUGAAUAAAGUGUGUCAAAAGUGGUUUGACAGAGAACUACUUGUAAGGAAUGUCGAUUGUACUUUAUUAUGCUAA